GGAGCCAGGCUUCCUGCUCGCAUGGGGGUUUAAAUAGGUUGGGCUGCAGCAGAGCAACUCCCCCAGCAGGGGAAGGGCCCCACAUCCCAUUCCCCACUCCCCUAGCCAGCCAUUCCCCCGUGACCUGGGGUUGGAUUGGAACCAGCGCCCCCUAAAGGGGAAAGGUCCCAGUUCCUUGUAACUCCCUCUAGGGGGGCUUCCCUUCCAGCUGCUGCGAUGCUGGGACUCUUCCCCUGCCUGCUCCUCCUCUCCCUGCCGGGCUCCAGCUCUGGCUCCGAUGACGACGGCACCGUGGUGCUCACCACCAGCGGCCCCAUCCGGGGCAAGCGCCUCCCGGCCGGCUCCAGCACGGUGACGGCCUUCCUGGGCAUCCCCUACGCCGAGCCCCCCGUGGGGGCCUUGCGCUUCCAGAAACCGCUUCCCCACCAGCCCUGGAGCCACGUCCUGGAGACCACCAGCUUUGGCAACGCCUGCCACCAGCCGCUGCUUACUGGUUACCCUGAUGCCUAUAUGUGGACACCCAAAACGCCGCAGUCCGAGGACUGCCUCUUCCUCAACGUCUGGGUGCCCCAUCCCCGGCCCCCCGCGCCGGUCCCCGUCCUCGUCUGGAUCCACGGCGGGGGGUUCUUCGUAGGUGCAGCCUCCUUGGAGCUCCAAGAUGGGCGCUUCUUAGCCGCCACCGAGAAUGUGAUCGUGGCCUCCAUGAACUACCGCCUGGGGGCGCUGGGCUUCCUGUCCCUGCCCCCGGCCGCCCCGGGGAACGCCGGCCUGUGGGACCAGCGCCUGGCGCUGCGCUGGCUGCGGGACAACAUGGCCACCUUCGGCGGGGACCCAGCUCGUUUGAUGCUCUUCGGCCAGAGUGCUGGGGCCGCCUCGGUCGGUUUCCACCUCCUGUCCCCGGGGAGCCGGCCCCUCUUCACCCGCGCCGCGCUGCAGAGCGGUGCCACCACCUUUCCCUUGGCCUGGUUUAGCCCAGAAAUGGCCAAGGAGAUAGGCCGGGCACUGGGCCGUGAUCUGGGCUGCACCGAUUUCAAUGACACUGCCCUGGUGGGCUGCCUGCAGGGGAAGGAGCCGGGAGACUUUGGGAAACGCAUUAUGUCCAUGCCUGGGUCCGUGCCGACCGUAGACGGGGAUUUCCUCCCCGAUGAGCCACUGAGACUCCUGGAGGCCGGGCACAGCCAGCCUAUACCCCUCCUGGCCGGUGUCACGGCCAACGAAGGCUCCUACCUAAUCAUCAAUGUCCUGAACUUCACCAGGGUGAACGCCAGCCACGUGAGCUGGGAGGAGCUGCUGGAGGUGCUGAGGGUGACAAUGCCGGGGCUACCAUGGGAGGGCGUCCAGGCGGCAGCAGAGCGGUACAACCAGAAGGGGCAGGGCUCGGCGUGGUACCACCGCACCAUGGCUCACAUCAUCAGUGACUAUCAUGUGGUGUGCCCUAUAGCCAAGACGGCUGGGCAGAUGGCGGAGGCCGGCGGUCCCGUGUAUGCCUACACCUUCACCCACCGCCCCAGUGGCUUGUCUUCCCCCAAGUGGAUGGGGGUGCCACAUGGCUCCGAGGUGCCCUACCUGUUUGGGACCCUGGCGUCCAUGGGGGGAGCCAAUCACACGCACACGGAGGCCGAGGUGGCACUGAGCCGCAGAGUGAUGCGCUACUGGGCAGAGUUCGCCAGAAGUGGGAACCCCACAGGGGCAGGAGGCAGCGGGGAGCAGUGGCCUCGUUACAAUGCCACAGAGAAGAAUUUUUUCCGUGUCGGAACGGAGCCGCCUCAGGUGGAGGGGACGUCGCCCGCCCGGCUCUGUGGCAUCUUGACACCAUUGGUCCCAGACUAUCAGCGGCUCAAGGCCCAGGCCAAAGGAACUGCUGAACCAGCAGGGGAGACAGAACGUCUGGAGGACUGAGCACCAUGGAGAAACACAGGAUCUUCAGCAGGAAAAGCCCAGACCCCCUCCGCCAUCUCAGCUAUGGGAGUUAGGUCCAGAUUCUCAUGGGUAUUUAGGUGUCGAAUGGGAGUUCGCUACCUAAAUAGCUUUGAGGAUCUUGGCCUAACUCUCCCAGCUGGGCGUCGGUAGCAUUUUUGUUGUAGUAAUGCUGGCCGGCCACUAGAUGGAGACAAGAUCCGGCAACACUCAUCCCUCUUCCUAGCAUCCCUACAGUGAUACCUUUAUGUGCAGUAUAUAAAUGGGCCACUAGAUGUCACUGUGGAGGGGAAGCUGUCCCCUGGUCAACAGUGGAGACAAAGGAGGGUUGCGAUUGCAUUUUGAAAUCUCUGCUUGCCAGUGCAUCAAGUUAAUAGCCGAAGUUAGCUGGCUCAAAGCCCUGCUUUGUCAGUGCAAUAAAUUCGUUAGACUACAACAGUGCUAACUCAUUGCUGCUUUACCAGGGCAUUACCAGCAUUAGCUCACAACACUGAACUACUUUUCUUUUUCACAAAUGAGGCUCACAACAGGUUUUAGGCAAAACAAAUCCAAGCAUAACUUAAGGGGUCAGCCCAAUGGUCCAGCUAGCUCAGUAUCCCGUCUUCUGACAAUGGCUGGCACCAGAUGUUUCCGAAGCACUGGCAGACCAGGGCAAUUAGUGAGUGAUCCAUCUCCUGUUGUCCAGUCCCACCAUCUGGCAGUCAGCGGUUUAGGGGCACCCAGAUCGUGGGGUUGCGUCCCUGACCAUCUUGGCUAAUAGCCAUUGAUGGACCGAUCCUCCAUGAACUUAUCUAAUUAUU